AUGGUGUUGGCGACUGAUGGAAGCAAUCGGCGGCAGCAACGUAAGCGAUCAGAAGAUCGCGAUGGACAGGGAAAAGAACAGAGCAGCGACAGCAAUCCGCAGCAACAGCGAACGGCGGCAACAACAGAGAAUGCCGGACUUGAGGAAAGCUCGCCGGAAGUAGAGCGAAUCAGUAACAGCAGCGGUUUAAGCGGCGAAGAUGGAAGUGAUUGA